AUGAAGCAGGAGGAGCUGCCACCUCCCCCCUCCGCCGCCUUGGGCAUGGCGGACUGCCCGCUCUUCCUCACGUCUGAGGGCCGGCUCUUCUUUACAAAUAACGGCAUCAGCAGCGGCAGCGGUGAGGGAAGCAGCAGCAGCGGGGUGUCUGCUACACAGCAGCAGCCUCUGCUGCACCUCACGGGAGAUGUUAGCUGUUACAGAGAAGGGUCCUUGCACCGCCUUAUUGCCGCCAGGAAUAUUCCGGGGGUUCGGCAGUGGCUAAGCAAUCCCAUAUGCAGAGAUACAAUCAACGACUUUAAUCAUGCAGGCGAGACGCCUCUCCACGUGGCUUUGCAUGUCUGCGAACCACGAAUUCUCUCGCUAUUGUUAAACCCACCUCCCCUUCAGCUGCCGACGGAGUGCGUCUUGAGCAGCAGCAGUAGCGGCAGCAACUGCGGCGAUGGCACUACCGCGGGGCUGAGGCCUUCGUCGGGUCUGGGUACUGCUUGUGGCGGAUGGCCGGGGGAAUCGGGGGACGCGGCAACUGCCGCAGCAGAAGGAGCAGAAGGAAUCUCGACGUCAACGACGACAUCAGCAGCAGCUGCAGCUGCAGCAGCUGCAGCAGCUGCAGCAGCUGCAGCAGCCGCUGCUGCCGUGGUGGUGGAUUUUUCCCUACCACUAGAUGACUUGCCACCGCUGCACAUCCUUGUCAGCCGAUCAUCCUUUGCAAGUGUACGCGUUGAUGCUACAGAGUGCUUGCGGCGUCUGCUGCAGCACGUCGGGCUGCUGCAUGCAGCAACGGGUGGAUCCCGUAUCUGUAGCCGUUGCUGCUUCACAGCUGCUGCCCCAAGCAGCAGCACCAGCAGCAGCUGCUGCACUAGCCCCAGCAACAGGAACUGCAACGACGACGAUAGCAGCAACAGCAACAGCAAGGGCGCUGCGUGGAUUGGCUGCUGCCAGCAAGAACUGGACUUAGAUGCAACUGACGGCAGCGGGAGAACGGCGCUGCACGUUGCUGCUGCAGCGGGCGGCGCUGCUGCAGUGGAGUUGCUGCUGCAUGCGGGGGCAGACCCGCUGCUCGCGGAUAAGCGGGGUCAGCUAGCUUUGCAUGCAGCUGUGGACAGCAGGUCAGUCGAUUCACUACUGUUGCUGCUGGCGCACACAUUCCCAGAAGACUGUUUCUACUGGAAUGACAGUCUGCAGCAACCGCAGCAGGAGCGGCUGGUGGUGGGAAGCGCAGCAGAAGCGGGACUCCUUGGGACCGGUCUUGACAGCAGGGCCCCCAAGAAGGUGGUGCUGCAGCGGACAGAGAGGAGGCCGCUGCUGCAGUCUGCAAGCAGCAGCAGCUUGCUGUAUCGCUUAGCAAGGCGGUGCGUGCGGCGAUGCUCUUUCCGCUGCCUGGCUGCCGUUUUAUCCUUCCCGAUGGUUCGUGCGGACAAGUGCAACAGCAGCAGCAGCAACAUCAACAGCAGCAAUGGCGGAGGCGCAGCAGCAGCUGGUAGUACAGCGCCAGCGACCUGCAUGGCGUUGCAGCUCCUUGACUUGGAACAGCUGCGUUCUCUGAUAGUUGUUUCACGUCGCAUUGGCUGCAUGCAUUUGCUGCUGUCUACCCUGAUGGAGUUGAUAGAGACGGAGCCGUCGGAGUUUGCUGUUGCAGCGCAUGCAAUAGAAGAGGCAACGGGGGGGAGAGGAGUUACACGGCUGCAGCAGGGGCCCCACCAGGUGUACGUACAGCAGCGCUGCAGCCGCAGCGGCCGCACGUUUCGGAUUCUAGAGGCUACUGGGACGCUGCUUGCAACUCAUGAGAACUGCAUGCAUCAUCUGCCCCUCCCUGAGCCCGCGGACUUCCCCAUUAAACGAUUUAAACUAAUGCAGAGAUUCCCUGAGAACCCAAGUCGACUCGAGGUGCUGGUUCAUCCUUCCUCUGGGGUACUGCGGGCUUCUGAGUUCCGCCACCUGGAGUGGGCCGACAGCUCCCCUCCUGCCUCUCUUGCGGACAUUCUGCGUGUUCACGACGUCAGCUACGUCUUCAGACUUAAACAAAAAAUCCGCAGUACAUUCGGGACACGGUCAGUAAGCAAGCCGUGCAGCAGCAGCACGAGCAGCAGCAGCAGCUCCAGCAGCAGCAGCACCAGUAGCAGUACGAGCAGCAGCAGUUAUGCUGGGCAGGGACCAAUGGAUCCCUAUGCAUAUUCCUUUGCUGAUGGAGACACCCCCGUAACGGCCCUCAGCUGGGAGGCAGCAACAAGUGCAGCAGGAACAGUCAUUGCUGCAGUUGAUGCUGUAUGCACAGGCGCGAAAGUUAAUGCAUUCUGUGCAGUGCGGCCUCCGGGGCACCACCUGGGGAGUUGGGGCGCAGCACAGACUUCACCUUACUCCCUCACGGACGAGGACAUAGCGGCUGGAAGUCAGGGUUUCUGUGUGCUGAACAACGUGGCGAUAGGGGCGGCCUAUGCUCGCUACCACUAUGCCAACAAAGGCAUUCGGCGUAUUGCAAUCGUUGACUUCGACGCUCAUCACGGCAACGGCACAGAACAGAUCGUCCGCAACGUGGGGCUGAAGUUCAGAAAGCUGCAGGGUCUGUCUGCGCUCCUCUCUGAUGAGCAGCGCGUGCCUCGGGAGGGCGCCUGGGGCCGCCCCUAUGGCGUGGGGGACGCCGAGGGGGCCCGGGGGCCUACAGAAGAAGGGGGGCCCCUUCAGGAUGUACCCUUAGAGUUGCCCGUCUGGCUGGGGUGGAGAGACGACAGCGAUGCAGCAGAACUGUUCUUCGCAUCCAUUCAUGCCUUCGAUGGGAAUUUCUACCCAGGCACGGGAGCAGACUGCGAGGAGUUAGGUGGACCCACCAUAGUGAACGUGACGCUUCCGGUGCAGCACGCGUGUUCGAGUCCUGUGGAGGGGACGGAAGGAGAAAGCAGCUGCUGCCGGUGCUCUCGCUGCAACGUGCGUAGCUGCGUGGGUCCUGUACCGCGCACCUCCUCUCCAGAAGCAGGAGCAGCAGCAGCAUCAGCAGCAGGAGCAGCAGGUUUUCGGUGUCACUGCUGCCGGCGCCCCGGUCUGUCGGCGCGUUCUGUGCGAGGGCGGGAGCUCUUCAGGCGGCGCGUGCUGCGGCGGCUUGAGGCCUUCAAGCCGGACUUGAUUUUUUUGAGUGCGGGUUUCGAUGGUCACAUCCUGGACCCGAUUGGGGGAGAGGCAUUGGGCUGGACAGAAGAAGACUUCCACUGGCUGACGCUGCAGGUGCAGCAGGUCGCCCUCAGGUGCUGCAACGGCCGUUGUGUCAGUGUCCUUGAAGGAGGCUACAACGUACGAGGCGCAGCAGCUUCUCCUCUCUCGCGUUGUGUGAGGCAGCAUGUGAGGGCCCUCGUUAAGGCAGCUCAUUUGCAACUCGACGCACAACUCCGAGAAACCGCCGCCGCAGCUCAGGCUUCUGCUGCUACUGCGGCUGCCUCGGCAGGGGAGCAUACAGCUCCGACUGCGGUUGCUGCAGCAGCUGCUGCCGCACAGGACCGCAAGGCCGCGGUGGACGUCGACAGCCACCGCACAACAACAGCGGCAGCACCAGCAGCGGCGGCAGCAGACGUGCUGCAGCAAGGUUUGCACACCCCUGGCUAUGACGGCCACUGCAACAACGCGCAGGGGGCUUCUGGGACUGGGCCUCUAUGGGAGGAGGUGGAUUCUUCAGACUGCUGCAGCAGCAGCAGCAGCACCUUCGUCUCAGAUGAUGAAUUUAGUGGCAUGCCGGAAGAUGGCAGGCCAGCAGACGACGGCCACGACGACGUCUUCGCUCCAGAUAUUGAACACUCGGAGCCGUCAGAGCAGGAGCCCUCAGAACCUCAGGGGGCCUUAGGAGGGGCCCCAGGAGGGGCCCCCGAAAGUCCCCAAGCGGCGUCACACCCGCAGACUUUCUGCGCUCAAGGGCCUGAAGGCGGCGGCCUGCAGCAGCAGCCGCAGCCUUUGCCAUUCAUACCUUCGGCUGCUACCGGGUUUGCCCCUCAUCAUCAUAGCCUUGUUCCAAACCCCGCGGUGUAUGGAGAACAGUCACCACCGUCGGCAGAGGAUCCGUGCUUCAAGCUGCACAUGAUGGGGGCUGCUGCGGCAGCUGGAGUAGCCCCCACAGCUGCAGCAGCAGCAGCGGCAGCAACGGGUGGGCCUUGGAGCAGCAAUGAUGACUCGCGAGCUUUCCACACCAUAAAUGAAGGCCUAAGGAGCCCUUCGGCCAUCUCAUCGCUUUCAGAAGACACCGCGGCGGCAUGCAGCGGCAGCUGCCCGGAGUCAGCUGCUGCAGCGGCAGCAGGAAAGCUGGACCAGCCGGCAGGGGGGGCUUUGCUUGUGGCAGGUGGAGCUGGUGAGGCCGCAGCUGCGGGUUCAUCAGAGGGCGGUUUUCCUUUGCAGCAGGCUCCUCUUGCAGCCUCAACGAGCACCACCGUAGCAGAAAGGUUCCCCUGGGUGGGGGCCCCCGCAGCAGCAGCAGCGGGACAGCGGGGUCCCCCGGAGGGCCCUUGCAGCAAAGCAGAGAGGCUGCAGUAUUUGUGUGGCUUCUAG